AUGCUACUGCAGAUACCCCUCCGCACCCGGAUUAAUAAACCACAGGCAGGCGCUUCCGAUAGCCAAUUCAAUAACCAGAACAGAGCGUCGCCACUUUGGUCGACCUACGGCAGAGGAAGCGGCAUUUCCGGGCUUCGGAGAGCGCAGCGCGCCGUGCUAGCUCCCGCGGUAAACACAGAGCAAAUCGCCGGCGACAACCGCAGCGCACCACAGGACCAAUAUGCCCUUAAACGAGCAGAAACGCAAAUAAAAUGGAAGAGCCCCGGCACUAAUCAGCGCACAGCAACGCGGCGCACGGUGCCAAAUUCCUCCAAGAUUGAUUAUACGCGUCCAACGGCAACGCCUUACAACAUGAAGUGGUGA